AUGAGCGGGAAUUUGGUGCGCCCAGGCCAGACCCUGAUCUGGACUGUUUGGGUUCUUGCAGCUGCCACCAAGGGGCUAGCUGUUGAUGCACCAUCCAGAAACACCAGGCUCGGAUGGGUUCGAGGAAAGCAAGUCACUGUGCUGGGAAGCCCCGUGCCUGUGAACGUGUUCCUUGGGGUCCCCUUUGCUGCACCCCCUCUAGGACCCCUGCGAUUUGCUACUCCGCAGCCAGCACUCCCCUGGGAAGACUUCCGAGACGCCACCUCCUACCCUAACUUGUGCCUCCAAAACCCAGAGUGGCUGAUCUCAGAUCAACGCUUGCUCAAGGUGCAUUAUCCUCAGUUCGGAGUGUCAGAAGACUGCCUGUACCUUAACAUCUACGCACCAGCCCACGCAGUUACAGGCUCCAAUCUCCCUGUCAUGGUGUGGUUCCCUGGGGGAGCUUUCGAGACAGGCUCAGCCUCCAUCUUUGAUGGAUCUGCCUUGGCUGCUUAUGAAGACGUGCUGGUCGUGACCACCCAGUACAGGCUAGGAUUACUUGGCUUCUUCAACACAGGGGACCAGCACGCUUGGGGGAACUGGGCCUUCAAGGACCAGGUGGCUGCGCUAACCUGGGUCCAGGAGAACAUUAAGUUCUUUGGCGGGAAUCCAGACUCUGUGACCAUCUUUGGGGAGUCAGCGGGAGCGAUCAGUGUUUCCAGCCUUGUUCUGUCCCCCAUGGCCAACGGUUUAUUCCACAAAGCCAUCAUGGAGAGUGGGGUGGCCAUCAUCCCUUUCAUGAAAGCCUCUGAUAAUGAGAGGAACCAGGAUUUGCAGUUCCUUGCGAAUGUCUGUGGUUGCAACGCGUCAGACUCUGUUGGCUUGCUGCAGUGCCUGAGGGCAAAAUCCUCGGAGGAGCUACUAAGCCUCAGUCAGAAAACAAAGUCUUUCACCUGGGUGAUUGAUGGUCGUUUCUUUCUUGACAAUCCUCUAGACCUGUUAAUUCAAAAAGAAUUUAAUCCAGUUCCUUCCAUCAUUGGAGUCAAUAACCACGAAUGUGGUUACAUGCUGCCCAUGAAGGAGGUUCCUGAGAUCUUCGGGGGCUCCAACAAGUCUCUCAUAUUCCGCUUGAUACAUACAUUCUUGCACAUCCCCAGGCAGUAUUUAUACUUCCUGACUGAAGAAUACUUCAGGAGGAAGGACUCUAUGAUUGAAAUCUGGAAUAGUUUUCUGGACUUGCUUGGCGAUGUAUUCUUUGUGGUCCCUGGGCUGGUCACAGCUCAGUAUCACAGGGACGCUGGUGCCCCUGUCUACUUCUAUGAGUUUCAGCACCGGCCCCAGUGCUUUAAAGACACGAAGCCAGCUUUCGUCAAAGCUGACCACGCUGACGAAAUCCGCUUUGUCUUCGGAGGUGCCUUCCUGAACGGUGACGUUGUCAUGUUUGAGGGAGCCACACAGGAGGAGAAACUGCUCAGCAGGAAGAUGAUGACAUACUGGGCUAACUUUGCUCGCACUGGGAAUCCCAAUGGGGAAGGCUUGCCUCCUUGGCCAGCCUACACUCAGGCCGAGCAGUACCUGCAGCUGGACUUAAACAUAAGGGUCGGGGAGAGACUAAAAGCACCAAAAGUGAAGUUGUGGAUGAAUACCCUGCCCCUGAUAAUGUCUGCUUCCGGAGCUCUCCUCAGUCCCCUUUCCUCCUUGAUCUUCCUUUCUCUGUUCUUGCCUUUCCUUUUCUUUUUUGCUCCUUGAGAAGUUUCGUUCUGUGAUUUUAGAUUUCCUCCCUCUCCUGC